AUGGGAAGCUGUAAAGAGCCCGGUGCAGAUGCACAGCCAGGAGGUCAGGGGAGGGGACAGGCAGGCGUUGGCCCCGGCUGCCCAUUGAUCAGCAGCUGCUGGGCUUCUCAAGGUGUGAGGAAAUAUGGGAAAGACUUCCAGGCCAUCGCUGACGUCAUCGGUAACAAGACGGUGGGCCAGGUGAAGAACUUCUUCGUGAACUACCGGCGGCGGUUCAACCUGGACGAGGUGCUUCAGGAGUGGGAGGCGGAGCAGGGAACGCACGCUCCCAACGGAGACAGUGCCACCUCUGGAGAGGAGGGGAAGACCAGCUCCACCCCCCCGUCAGGGAAGAGCACCGACGAAGAAGACGAAGAGGGUCAGGUGACCUCCUCAGGUGCGUCUCCUGCUGCCUCCUCUUCCUCCUCGGCUCAGAUUCCCGUGACGUCCUCCUCCUCCUCUUCCUCCCUCCACCAGCCUCCUCCCCUCCUCAGGCCCUCUCUCCCCGCUACACCCUCCCUGCACCGCCAGCCUCCGCCCCUCCAACAACAGGCUCGAUUCCUGCAGCCUCGUCCGACCCUCCAGCAGCCGCCGCCUCUAAUCCGCCCGUCCAACCCUCUUCCUCCUCGUUUAAACCCUCGACCUCCAGCUCCCAUGAGCCUCGGCGGUAUUAACCCCGGCGGGUCGGGUCCAAGCUCCGCCCAGCAGCCCCCAGGCCUGGCCGUCCACCAAUCAGAGGCCUCAUCUUCCUCCCUCCACUGACGGUUUAACAGCUACAGACGACUGUGUGUGAAUGUGUGUGAAUGCUAGAUUCCUUGAGCGGCAAAACAAGUUGAUGAAUGAAUGACUUGUAGUUUGUAAAGCGCUUUGAGGGGUCGUACAGACUGGAUAAAGCGCUAUCAGUUUAGCAUAUUUGUUAAAGACACUGAGGAAAUCUUGAGUCUUCAGAACAAUGAGAGAUUUCUUUCAGGCUUCUGAUUUCCUUUUUUGUUUACUUGUAAAGGUGACACAUUAAGGGUGUUGCAGUUCUCAAACCUCGAUUUUCAAACCACAUAUAUAUGUUCAUACCUCGUGCUUUUUUUAAUGUUCGUGUUAUUUAGGUGAUGGGGAUAGAGAUAGUAUUCUGGGUUUUACUAAAUCAUCUUCAAGAUCACCUUAAAAAAACGUAGGAACAUUAACUUUAUAUAUAAUCUUAAAUAGAUAAUGAAGACCAGUCUACACAAAGCUGACAAUUGUUAUGAAUAUACUAUUAGUUAAAGGUGGGGUAUGUAAUUGAUUUCAGAAUCACUUUUUGUUAUAUUCCAUGGAAUGCUCUUAACAUCCCGAUA